AUGGGCAGCGUCGCCAAGUCUAACACUUUCCUCUUUACCUCCGAGUCGGUCGGUGAGGGUCACCCCGAUAAGAUUGCUGACCAGGUCUCUGAUGCCGUCCUCGAUGCCUGCCUUGCCGAGGACCCUCUCUCCAAGGUUGCUUGUGAGACUGCUACCAAGACUGGUAUGAUCAUGGUCUUUGGUGAAAUCACCACCAAUGCCAAGCUGGAUUACCAGAAGAUUAUCCGUGGUGCCAUCAAGGACAUUGGUUAUGACGACUCCGAGAAGGGUUUCGACUACAAGACCUGCAACGUCCUUGUCGCCAUUGAGCAGCAGUCCCCCGACAUUGCUCAGGGUCUCCACUACGAUGAGGCUCUUGAGAAGCUCGGUGCCGGUGACCAGGGUAUCAUGUUCGGUUAUGCCACCGACGAGACCCCUGAGCUCUUGCCCCUCACCCUCCUGCUCUCUCACAAGCUCAACGCUGCUAUGAAGCAGGCUCGUACCGACGGUUCCAUCCCCUGGCUCCGUCCCGACACCAAGACCCAGGUCACCGUCGAGUACGCUCACGAUGGCGGUGCCGUCAAGCCCCUGCGUGUGGACACCGUCGUCGUCUCUGCUCAGCACAGCGAUGAUGUGACCACUGAGGAGCUCCGUACUGUCAUCAAGGAGAAGAUCGUCAAGAAGGUCAUCCCCGCUGAACUCCUGGACGACCGCACCGUUUACCACAUCCAGCCCUCUGGCCGCUUCGUCAUCGGUGGUCCUCAGGGUGACGCCGGUCUCACCGGCCGUAAGAUCAUCGUCGACACCUACGGUGGCUGGGGUGCCCACGGUGGUGGUGCCUUCUCCGGUAAGGACUACUCCAAGGUCGACCGUUCUGCUGCCUACGUCGGUCGUUGGAUCGCCAAGUCCCUUGUUCACGCCGGCCUUGCCCGCCGUGUCCUUGUCCAGCUCUCCUACGCCAUCGGUGUCGCCGAGCCCCUCUCCAUCUUCGUCGAGACCUACGGUACCUCUGACAAGUCCUCGGAUGAGCUCGUCGAGAUCAUCCGCAAGAACUUCGACCUCCGCCCCGGUGUCAUUGUCAAGGAGCUCGACCUUGCCAAGCCCAUCUACUUCCAGACUGCCAAGAACGGUCACUUCACCAACCAGAGCUUCUCCUGGGAGAAGCCCAAGACUCUCAAGUUCUAA